GCGCCGGGGCCGCUGCGGCCACAGCUGCUAGUAGAGUCCGUCGGGACACGCCCGCUUCCAGGUCUUUGGGGGCGGCGGGACCGCGGUGCGCGCUCCUGAUUGGCCUACACGGUGUCCGCACGGCCGCCAAGCGCCGCCGGGGGACAGAGCAGGGAGUAACGGGACUGUGGUCACGGGCAGCCCCAGCCACGCACCAUGCCCUAUAUACUCAUUAGCACCCAGAUCCGUAUGGAGGUGGGUCCCACCAUGGUGGGUGAUGAGUAUUCGGAUCCGGAGCUGAUGCAGCACCUGGGGGCCUCAAAGAGAAGCGUCCUGGGAAACAACUUCUAUGAAUAUUAUGUCAACGACCCUCCUCGUAUAGUCCUGGACAAGCUGGAACAGAGGGGUUUCCGUGUGCUGAGCAUGACAGGGGUGGGCCAGACGCUGGUGUGGUGUCUGCACAAGGAAUGACCUGCCUGAGCUAACCUGGGGACAGAGGGACCGCCAUGUGCCCUGACCACAGUCCUUGCAUCACUAUCUGCCCUGCCUAUCUCUUUCCUGACUGUCCACGUCCUUGCCCAACACUGGUGUGCUGUCAACAGCCUCAGGAACCUUGCUCCAGUUGGUUGGGCACAGCAGGCCCUCCCUCACCCUGCUGCUUUCAGCUUCCCCCAGCUUUUGCUGUAGGGCAUGUGCUGAAAGCAGGCGAUGCAGAGGACAGUCCCUGAUCCUGCACACCUAGUCCAAGCCAAUAAAGGACACUCACAAGUGGUUG